AUGGCGUCGAGUAACGAUCGCUUGCGUUCUGUAUCAUCUGGCGCGGAAGAUGAUCCAGAUCUGGCACUGGCAAUUGCAUUAUCUCUGCAGACAGACACCAAUCCUGCAAACGGGGAGUUAGAGGCUGCGUCGACGUCAACAAGACCUUUGAGCCAGACAUCCAAGCCAACCCCUGGCGCCUCGUUUGGUGCUUUAAUCCUUGACAGACAGAAAAUGGAGGAGGAGCGUCUUGCGAGAGCAAAGAAGCGCUCAGCAUCUCAAGCCGGGCUUUAUGAGCAGACUGAAAAGUCAAAGACGCAACGCGUUAGAGCUCUUGACGGCCACGAAAGCAACACCACCGAAUCUAUGCAGCCCAAUAUAUCCGAGGAAGCAGCAAGUACUCCCGUGCUUCCCUUUCCAAAGGGGGUGUUUAAGCGGACUUGGGCCUUGGGCUAUCCAAGAACAGGUGACGAUAUCAAGGUCGAGGAGGUAUUGCAAAAAGAGAAACUACAAUUAGCCGUUCUCUCAUCUUUCCAAUGGGAUGAGGAAUGGCUUCUCUCUAAAAUUGAUUGUACACGCACCAAGAUGAUUCUGGUAGCCUAUGCAGCAAAUGACGCCGAGAAACAAGCAAUCCGAUCAAAUGUGCCAACCGGGCGUAUAAGAUUCUGCUUUCCGCCAAUGCAUGGCGGGUAUAUGCAUUCCAAGUUGCAGAUCUUAAAGUAUGAAGGUUAUCUCCGAAUUGUGAUCCCGUCUGGGAAUUUAGUCCCGUAUGACUGGGGUGAGACGGGUGUUCUAGAAAAUAUGGUCUUUAUCAUUGAUUUACCCCGGCUUGAGAAAAUGAAGCAAACCACACUACCAACAGGGACGCUGUUUGGAAACGAGCUACGUCGAUUCCUGCGAGCUCUUGGCCUUGAGGAAAAACUCGUCCAGAGUCUUGACAAUUACGACUUUUCUGAGACCUUCCGUUAUGGAUUUGUCCAUUCCAUUUCCGGGAGCCAUACUAAUGAAUCUUGGCGGCACACAGGCCAGUCUACCUGCUACUGCGGACUAGGAAGCACUGUUCGCAGCCUGGGGUUGGCAACCGAGAGUGCCGUGGAGGUAGACUACGUGGCCUCUUCUCUGGGUUCGCUGAAUCAUGGUUAUUUGAUAGCCAUCUACAAUGCCUGUCAAGGUGAUUCAGGCAUGAAAGAGUACGAAUCCAGGCAGCAUAAACCGACAAAAAGCAACGCCAGACAGGCAAGCCUGGUGAGUUUUAAAACGGCCAACAUUGAGCCGGUCGAUCUACAGCGUUAUUUUCGUAUCUAUUUCCCGACUGAAAAGACAGUUUUGAGAAGCCGGGGCGGUAAAUCUGCUGCUGGCACUAUUUGCAUUCAAGAGAAGUGGUGGAAAUCAUCGACCUUCCCCCGAGAAUUACUGCGAGAUUGUGAGAGCGCCCGAACUGGUCUUUUGCUGCAUAGCAAAGCCAUAUUUGUCCGGGAGCGAGCCCACGACGGAGCAGUCUGGGCCUACGUUGGAAGUGCAAACCUGUCAGAGAGCGCAUGGGGCCGGUUGGUGAAGGACCGGGACACGGGAACAGCCAAGCUCAACUGUCGCAAUUGGGAAUGCGGUGUGUUGGUUGCAGUGGGCAAGGACGCGGGCAUCGCGGCCACUUCGACACGGGGGCCAGCCGAACAAGCCGCACAGGCGCGGGCGCGGGCGCAGAAGCAGAUGCAAAAGGGGUGUGACGUGGAGGAGAGCAAGGAAAAGCAAGCAAGUAAGGCGGAGUCGCAGUUUCUGCAGCAGCAGCAAGAUGACGAGGACGAAUCAGCAAGUCUUGCUGGGGCAUUUGGAGCAACAAUGCCCAUCCCUAUGAAAGUGCCGGCGGGGAGCUACACGUCAGGUGAAUCGGCAGCCAGCCGGCCUUGGUUUUUCAUGAAGGCCGAUUGA